AUGUCAAGUGAAGACACAUGUCAUAAUUUAUUUUUACAAUACUAUAAAGCUUGGGGUGGAGUUGAAGAUUAUAAGUCAGACAAUCUUGGAUUUCCUGAAUUUUUUCAACGUGUACCACAAGAUCAUGAGAUUUUACCGGCAAAAUUACGAGAAGAUGCAAGGUCUGCUUUAUUGGAGAGAAAAAGUAUGGCAUUAUUGUCUAACAAUGAACUACAAGAAUUCUGGUAUCUGUUGGAAAGAUUUCACUCUCCGCCUACAGUAAAUGGUGAGAAAUUUAUGAAUUAUGAGAAUUUUCGUAAAGCUGCUAAAGAAGCAUCUCCCAAAGCAAAGCAGUAUUUCACAGCAUCAAUAUUUGCUAAGUUGCUUCGAGAGGAUGAAAUGUUAUCACGGAUCAACAUUUUAGCAUUUUUCAAUUAUGUAAUGAAGAAAGUAUGGCUUCAGCAAACUCAUGUUGGUAUAUCACUGUAUGAUGUUUGCGGUGAAGGAUAUUUACGUGAAGCAGAUCUAGAAAAUUACAUGCUAGAGCUAAUUCCCACUUUGUGUCAGCUGUCUGAAUUAGAGCCAUCCUUUCAAACAUUUUAUAUUUGUACAGCUGUAAGAAAAUUCUUCUUCUUUCUUGAUCCUCUACGAUCUGGUCGUGUACGCAUAACAGAUAUUUUAGCUAGUGGAUUUUUAGACUCUAUGCUAGAGUUACGUGAAACAACAAUAUCUGAUGUACAGUUAGCAGCUAAUUGGUUUAGUCAUCAAUCCGCUAUACGUGUAUACGGUAGUUAUUUACAACUGGAUGAUGAUCGUAAUGGAUUGUUAACACGUAGUGAAUUAUCACGAUUUGGCAAUGGUACACUGACUGAUGUAUUUCUUGAUCGUGUAUUUCAAGAAUGUUUAACAUAUGAAGGUGAAAUGGAUUAUAAAACUUAUUUAGAUUUAGUACUGGCUAUGGAGAACAAACAUGAACCACAAGCAAUUGCCUUUCUCUUUCGUAUUCUUGAUGUCGGUGGUCAAGGCAAGUUGACUGCAUUGACACUGCGUUAUUUCUAUGAUGGAAUCGAGGAGAAACUACUCGCUUCAGAUAAUGAUCCACCAAGUUUUGAUAAUGUAUUGAAUGAAAUCUUUGAUAUGGUACGACCAGCUAAUCCAGAAUACAUUACAUUAGAUGAUUUAAUCACUUGUGGUAAAGGUGAUACUGUAAUCAGUAUCCUGAUAGAUCUACAAGGAUUUUGGGCUUAUGAAAAUCGUGAAGCAUUCACUUCUGAAUUACCCGAUGAAGCGGAACUUUAA